GACGAGGACCAGGUGAUGGGGCGACAAGAACACGAUCAGCAUCCGCGUAUACAGAGAUGCUCCGGCAUAGCAAAACUCGAUAGGGUAUUUAUGUACCAAUGUAACAAUCUAAAGGGUCAACAAAUAUGAAAUGUUGUAGACCUACGCACACAGUUUAAUAUCUAAAAAAGCUGAUCUUAACUGAAGCUAUAGUCUAGUGUUCAGUACAACAUAUAUUAGUGGGUUUACUGAUUUGGCACGAGGCGCGCGCCGGUAGCUCCAGGCCAUGGGCACUGGCUCCUCCAAGCUGCGCGGCGGCAGCAAGCAGGCGGUGCCCGACCGCAUGUGGGACGCGCACAAGGGUGGCGUCUGCUGCGCCAGCGUGAGCGGCGACGGCGAGCUGUUGCUCACGGGCGGCGAGGACGCGCGCGCCGCACUGUGGAGCACGCGCACCUUCGCUGCGCUCGCCGCGCUCGAGGGCCACGAGUCGUACGUGACGGACUGCGCGUUCGCGCUCGACAGCUCCCGCGCCUUCACGUGCAGCGCCGAUUUCGCCGUGCGCGUGUGGCAGAUCGAUGGUGGUGGCGGAGCGCUGAGCGUUAGCUGCGCGCACGUCCUGCACGGCCACACGGCCCGCGUGAACCGUUUGCUGGUGCACGGGGACCACUCGGUCUACAGCACGUCUGCCGACCGCACGGUGCGCCGCUGGAACGCGGCGGACGGAAGCUGUCUCGCCGUCUGCGAGGGUCACACGGACAACGUGCUGCCCCUGGCGCUUUACCUGGCGGAGGACGACCCGGAUAACGCCGACGAGGUGCCCGGGCAGGUGGUGCUGGCGGCUGGCGGCAUGGACGGCACGGUGCGGCUGUGGGACGAGACUGGCACGGCGCUGCACUGCCUCGAGGGACACACGGGUCCUGUUCUGUGCCUCGCUGUGCUGCAAACGCGAGCCGCCCUCUUCUCGGGCAGUGCGGAUGGCACGGUGCGCCGCUGGGACGUGCUCAAGGGGGAGGCCGUGUCAGUGUUCGCUGAAAACCUGGGCAGCGUCAUUUGCAUGCAGGUGGCAGGGCGUUACCUGUACGCAGGUGGCAAGGAUGGCAUUGCGCGGCGCUGGGAAACGCGAUCGCAGAUCUGCGCACGCAGCUAUCAGCCGCAUACGCGCGCCGUGAGUGCGCUCGAGGUUCAUCGCAAUGUCCUGUUCACAGGGAGUGGAGAUGGGAGCGCCUGCUCCUACAACGCUCAAACAGGGGAGGUAAUGAGGACCUUCAAGGGGCAUAACUACAUUAUCAACUGCAUGAAGGUAGCAGGGGAUACACUCUUCACAGGAUCGCAAGAUGGAAGCAUCCGGGCAUGGAGUCUGCAACGGGUUUUUGCAGAUGCACAGGACAAGCAAGCUGAACAAAAUAACGACGUGGCAGAUCAGUCGGAGAAUAAACCAGAUGAAGGAAAGGUUGUGGAUGAGGUGAACGAGUUAAAGGAAGAUGGAGAGAAUGCAGAAAACGUGUCAGACGACGUGGCAGAUAAGUCGGUUCGUACAUCGGAAGAAAAUGGUGCACAUGAGGUGAAUGAGUCAAAGGAAGACAGCACCAAUAAUUAAUCAGACAGACGAAAGCAAGGAAGGAUAAGACUAAUUCAGGAGCAGGCCUCAAGACGAGGUGCAGGCAGUCAUAUGGUGAAGCUCAUACUCUUAUAUAAGUGCACAACUUUAUCUAUCUGUGAUGAACGCUGCACUUUCCGUCGUUUUCAUGCAGGGGACGCUGCAAACCUACGCACCCCCUGUAUGAACGACGGAGGCACAGGGACAGACGUUCGAUUACGUUGGGAUCGAUCUGCAGACGGCGGUCUUCUCGCACGGCCAGCAGCUCUAUGUCGCCUUAUCUCGAUCCCAAAUAGGUGAAACUCGGCAUUGAACCGAAUCCCCAGCAAGGCCAUCUACUUAACGACGAGAAAAAAUUCACACGAAAUGUCGUUUUCAUUGAAGUCUUCCAGAUGUAAAAUGAUAUAAGCUUUUAAUGAAGAAAUACAAUUAUCUAAUUCAAAACAUAAUACAAUUCAAAGAUGUUUCAUUUUAAAACUCCAAAAAAGAGCAUCGGGUGCUUGCGUGAAUGCGUCGUUCGUGUGCAAUUUUUUCGUGACUUUCCUGGCCGAAGGCCGUAAAUGGUUAGUUGGCGCUAUAGGCGCCCCCGAACAACCCCUAGUUGAAAAAUACUUGCAAACGUCGAUUUUGCGUGCGUAUAUAGCACCAGUAUCGUCCAACUAGAUAAAAAAAAUGGCAAGCAAAUUUCAAGGAAUACUUGAAUUUGUCUGAUUUUCCUGUCCAUCUUAUUUGAUAUAGAUUUAUAUAAUGCCUUAUGCCAAGGUGCGUUACAGCAAUUAUACAAUUGUACAUAAGAAUGUUUUUACCUACGUGACUUUACCGAAAAAACCUAAGAAUAUGAAUCAUUUCAUUCACGAAAGCUUCAAAUCUAGAAAAAAAAGAUGGUAGUAGUUGAGAUAUAGAGUGGGAUUAUUAAAAGUGGUGGUGUAGUUAUGGUGAACAACAUGACAGGUGGGAUUGGUUAAGGAGGGGUAAUGAUAGGGUUAGGGGUCGUGGUAGU